AUUUUUGUUUCGCGUUUUUGCUCUGACCCUUCCGAGCCUCCGUAGAGAUAGUGAGAGGGGGCGGAGGCGACAUGGUGGCCAAGGUGGUGAAGUUGGCAGUGCUACCUGCUGCUUUGGGUUUGGCCUCGUUCCGAGUUUAUGCCAUGACUGAGGAAAAGACGGACGAGCAGUUUUCACCACGAGAGCUGUCUAUCUACAGCACAGAGCCUCCAGCGCUACGAUAUGUGGAGGAGAAACCAGGGCACCUGCAGGCAGGCUUCGGGCUGAUGAGAGUGGGGCUUCAGCGUUACGUCAGAGCCGUGCAGAAUACUUGCACCUCGGUGAAAGUCGGCGCUGUGUCUUUAUACCAAGCUGGUCAAGACACGUAUAAUUUCCUGAGGGACCCGCCCCCUGGCUUCCUGCCCAGAGUUGGUAUAAUCACUGUGUCUGGAUUGGCUGGCCUCGUCCUGGCACGCAAGGGCUCUCGGCUAAAGAGAAUAGGUGUUCCUCUGGCGUUGACAACUGUUGGCACCGCUGUAUGCUACCCCACGCAUACUGUUAGAGUUUUAAAGGUAACAGGUAAAAAAGUGUACACUGCGAGUUCUUCGGUUGCCUCUGCAUUCAGAUCCAAACCCAAAGAGGAAGGCAUUGUUCCUGAUGCAAGUCUGGAGAAUGCAUCAGAAGAGGUUGCCCCUGAAACGGAAGUUGUCCCUCAGCAUGAUGAACUACCAGAAAAGGUACCCUUCUUGCCAGAGGGUGAAUCUGUAUCAGAGGAUGCCUCAGUCACAGAAGUUGCCCCUGUGUCAGGGAAUUCCCUAACUAUAGAUGCUGUUGCAGAAGAAGUUGCCCAUGUGUCUGAGGAUUCCUCAACUUCAGAUAAUGUCACAGAUGUUGCCCCCAUGCCAGAGGUUUCCCCAGCUACAGAUGUUGUCAUAGACGAAGUUUCCCCUGUGUCAGAGGUUUCCCCAGCUACAGAUGUUGUCACAGAAGUUACCUCUGCUUCUCUAGCUACGGAUAAUGCCCAGGCAGAGGUUGUUUCACUUGUAGAAGGUUCUUCAGUUGUUCCUCUUACCCCUGUGCCUGUCUUGGCUCCAGAGGAUGUUAUUCCAUCAGAGGUUGUCUUAGGUGUAGAGACUCCACCUGUAGACAGAGUUGUAGAACUUGCCCCACAAGAAAAGACCACCCCUGUCUCUGGGGAUGUUGCCCUUGAAGCGGGUACAUGCGUGUCCGAGAUAGUAACAGAGAAAGCACCUGUUGCAGAAGUUACCCAACUGUCUGAUGUUACAUUUGAUAGGAGUACCCUUGUGGAUCCAGUAACCCCAACAGAGGAUGCAACAGAAGUUGCCCUACUGCCUGAUAUCCUCGAGGAGGUUACCCCUGUGAGUGAGGUAACACCAACAGAGGAUGCCCUAGUUCUAAACACUGUUCCACUGUCCGAUGUUACCCUUAAGGAGGCUACCUCAGAGGAUGACAAAGCAACAGAAGUUAAACCUCUACUUGAUGUUGCUGCUGAAGAGUCUAGUCCGGUGUCUGAGGAUUCACCAGCUAUCGAGGUUUCCCCAGCAGAAGUUGCCUCACUUGCAGAAGAAGUUGGGACUGCAGUUGUUUUCCCUUCACCAGAUAUUGCCCCAGAAAUGACUCCAUCUGAGGCUGCAGUAGUUACCCUUGUAGAAAGUUCUCCAGCUGUAGACAUUACUUCUGAUGUUGUGGAAGUCGUAGAAAAUUUGCCUGAAUCUGCUGCCCCACAAGCUGAAGCUGCUUCCCUGACUGUAGAGGAAGCUACACCUCCUCCCCACGACGUAGAAGAAGCUACACCUUCUCCCCACAAUGUAGAAGAAGCUACACCUUCUCCCCUCGUCGUAGAGGAAGCUACACCUCCUCCCCACGAUGUAGAGGAAGCUACACCUCCUCCCCACGACGUAGAAGAAGCUACACCUUCUCCCCACAAUGUAGAAGAAGCUACACCUUCUCCCCUCGUCGUAGAGGAAGCUACACCUCCUCCCCACGAUGUAGAGGAAGCUACACCUCCUCCCCACGACGUAGAAGAAGCUACACCUCCUCCCCACGAUGUAGAGGAAGCUACACCUCCUCCCCACGACGUAGAAGAAGCUACACCUUCUCCCCACAAUGUAGAAGAAGCUACACCUCCUCCCCACGACGUAGAGGAAGCUACACCUCCUCCCCACGACGUAGAGGAAGCUACACCUCCUCCCCUCGACGUAGAGGAAGCUACACCUCCUCCCCACGACGUAGAGGAAGCUACACCUCCUCCCCUCUACGUAGAGGAAACUACACCUCCUCCCCUCAAUGUAGAGGAAUCGAUACCUCCACCAGCUAAAGACAUCCCAUCCUGUCCUCCAGUUAAAGAGAAACCACGGUUCGAUCCUGAUCCGUCUUUAUUGGAUCACGGACAGGCUCAUCCUGAAGAUGCCGACUUGUACAGCACCCGGGGAUAAAUGGAAAUCAGUGAAUGAGUAUGAGAAUGGAGUAGAGGGGGAUGGAUAGUAAGGAAGAAUAAUAUGGAUUUAUGGUUUAAGACGUACCAUGAGUAUUUUCGGCCUCUUCUUCUUACCUCAAAAACACACAACUUGAAUCCAGAGUUGUCCGUUUGUAAGACUACAGAAUCGACUCGGUUACACAAAAAAAAAACUUUCUUUGCUGCCAAAUAAUUAAGAGACCUCAUUUAAACAAAGUGUGAACAUACUCGAAGAUAGAACACCUGUUUGAUGUGAAUUUUUUAAAGUAUGCAGUUCAUAUAUUUCAGUGUUGCAUCUUUAUAUAUUCUUCUCUGACCUCAUUUGUGUCCAGUGUUAACUAGAAAUCGAGCCAUUGCUAUUUAAUACUGUGAAUACCUCAUGUUUUAAAAACGAGGCAACAUAACUGACCUCAAUACCCAUCAAUACCAAACAAAAUGUGAACAUUUGUAUUUUGGAACUAAACCAUUUCGGUUGGAUAUGUUGUUUCACUUUGUGUUGAUUUAAGGGCAAUAAAUUCUGUACCAUAAGAAAUGCUAUGCUCUCUGUGCAAUACAAUGCAGAACCAUGGGAUGUAUUUCACUAUUUUGCGCAAUGGAAAUUUUAUAUAUUUUUUUUUUUAAAUCGGCAGAUAUUUGCAUAUCUAGGUGAUUUGUUGUCAGUUAAGAAAUAAAAA